AUGUUCGAGAAGGGCAACGUAGCUCUCGCCGAUGUGUUACACAUCGUCUUCACUGCUGCUGUCGUUGGAUUCUACAUCAUGAUGUCCGCUUUGAAUCCGUCAUCGAUCUUCCAUCAUAUAUUCGCAGGCUUUGCCAUCUUCGAGACGUUCGUGUCGUUUCUCUAUAUCUACCAAGUCAAAUGGCUUAUGAGGCUUCACUUUAUGUUCCAGUCUAUUCUCUUUGUCAUUCCAAUAUUCGUUUUCAGUGUCAACUUGGAAAAUCUUUUUGGUUCGGCUCCAGUCUUAGACGCUUUUCGUCUCGACCAAGUUAAGAAUUUUGUUUCCUCGUCCGGUUCAACAACUCUUUCUUCGGUCGCACUUCUUGUGUGGCUAUUUCGCAUGCUGAAUACUUUUAUAUACAUUAUUGAAGCUGAGAAGAUCAAUCCAACAUUGACAAUUAAAUACUUGUUUUCAAAGCAUGUGCUCAACGUCACCUCCAUUAUCCUCUUUGUCGUGUUGUACUUAUCAGUGGAAAACCCUAUCAAAGAUGCAUGCUUUUGGCUGUCUUUUAUCGAGAUAGCCCUGGAGCUUCUAUAUUUUGGUUCUACACUCGAUGCAAAAGGAUUCAGUAUCACAAUUGCAGCAUGGGUUUACCAAGCAGCACUCUUCUCAGUCCCAUGCUUUCUUUCCGUUCUUUAUUUUGUUCACGAUUUUCUUCCUCAAGAAGCUAUGAGGUUCCUUUGUUCCUACAAUCUCGUUCAAUUCAUGUUGUUCAUUAACGAAAAACCUGCUUUAGCUGUUGUAGUAUAUUUCUUGUUCUGGGGACUUCGUUUGGGGGACACACUCACGACCUUGAUCGCAGAACACGCCUCUCCGAUCUCUGAAAAUCGCCAAACCACUACUCGUUCCACUUCUAAAUGA